AUGUGUUGUCAAGACAAGUGGAUUUGGGCCGUCAAUCAAGUUUGGUGUCAUCUCUCAGAGACUGUUCAUGUCAACUUGGUUGGAGCAAUAUUUUGUGAGUCAUGUUUUGCUACAAGUGGAUUGGAUGAUGGCCGUUGUUCUUGCAAAAGUGCCUCCUUUGGGCGGAUUGCUGAAGCUCUGACUUGUCCUCCUCGUCCUCCUCGUCCUCGUGGUCCUCCAACUAUGCGAAAUGGUGACCCUACUUUGAGUUUAGAAGCGGAGUUUCCAGACUGCACCUCAUAUUGUGACCCUAUGCUCGAGGUCAAGCUGGCCGAAUUGGUCAUGCGUCGUUGGCCAAGUCUGCGCUUGAAGUGGCUUUCAUAUGACGGCGAGUUUGCCCAUCGUAUUCCGAAUUUAGAUGGGCAGAUUGCACAUUCGAACAGUUCCAAACUGCUUCAAACAAGAAGCGAUUCGAGUUACCAUAGAAGAUAA